CCCACAAUGUUGAGCUACAAAAAGGACUCAUUUCGCUUCGGCACCCGAACGCCCAAAAGGGGCGAAACCGGCGCCAUGGCAUUCUCCAGCAUCUUCACGCAGGCUUCCCAUGCUUUGCACCUUUUUCGACGGCCGCGCGGAAUCCGCCGGUGGCCGCUGCGGCUGUGCGCCUUUCUGCUGCUGGCCUCGACGGCUCUGCAGGAUGCGCCCAGCUUGCCGCUCCCCGGCUUUAGCGCCACCAUCGACCUCCCCACGCGGCCGCCCCCACGUGCGCCGGGCCUGCGGAGGGAUCCGCAUCCAACGGCGAUGGAUGUGGGCGAGGAGCUCACGGUGUCUUAUGCGAGCUUCGAUCACCAGACGUUGGAACAUCUCUCCGUGGACCUCGCCACGAUCUUCGAAGGGCCCUGGACCGAAGACUCGCUCUUGGCCAAGUCCCUGGAGCGAUCCGGUGCGACCCAUUUGAGGGUCGGGUGGCAACAGGGGCUCAGGCAGAUGACCUUCAUGAUGGACAUGAAGGUCCCCUGGCACCAUGUGGAAACGGUGGAAGCCUGGAGUGGAAAGGUGGUCUCUGGGGUGGACGUGAGCAGCUCGGAGAUGAGGAUCAACAGCACGGUGAGGUCGUUGAGAAGUACGAACCACUCCUGGAUGCUGGAGAUCUCCUUUGACAUGGACGCGCCGGUGCUGGAGCGUUUACGCCCCAAACUGCUGAUCCAACUGGAGCCCCGAGCCCAGGGGCUGGAGGUGUGGACUGGCGGCCUUUUGGAGUGGAAGGCGCACUGCCACUUUCUGAUUCGCCGGCCAAUGGAGCAUGGCUUCUUCCUGGGUCUGGCCAGAUUGAGCCGAGCUGUCUUGGAGGAGCUCAGGACCCUGGCAGAUCCAGCCAAACAGAGGUUUGGCUCAUGAAGCUGUUCACCUUUUUCCCGAGUGCACGAAACGGCUGAAGCCGAUAAAGCCAAAUUUGGGGAUGGGAUUGCGAGUCAGGGGGUCACCUAAAAGGCAUAAUUGGGGAUCUCAGAAUCUCCAAUUGUUGAAGAAACCUCUUUGCGAGGCUGAAUACCCUGC